UGUGACGUCGAGCUGCCGAGGUGCGCUCUGGUUAGGGUAGGCAGUAGUGGUACCAAAGAAGCAUGGAGGUCUACGCCGGCGCAUCUCUCCAGGACUUGCUUUCACUCUCUUUUGUCCGUCAUUUGUCCGUCCUUUGUUUAUCUUUUGAAAGUCUGAGCAUAGGAAGAACCCUUACAACACAUUAGCCAUGGCGAAAGACGACAACAAGAAGAUCGUAGAGGUCGAUGGCGUACCGGUGGAGCGUCAAGGCACACGACCGGAUUUCUCAAUUCCACCAGCUAGGAAACAGCUGCCGAAAGAGCUUCAGGACACGCUCAACGAUGACGAGAAAAUGUGGGAUGUGCUCUACGACGGCGAAGCCGAAGACACAACAGAUACGAACAUCCGAUAUGCCGCGUACGCCUCCCGAAUUCGCACCAUCAUGCUUUCCGCGCAUCGCUAUGUAGCCUACACCUCUGACAUUGGCGAGUCCUUCCGCCCCAUCGCACAUCCUUACCUAGUCAAAGGUGCCUAUGGUAUAUCCUGGCUCUACCUCACUGGUGACGUUGCCCACGAAGGCUACAAAGCUUACUGUCGCAACCAACACAUACUCCACCCCGAGAACUACAUCGACGAAGCAGCAGAGAAGAGUCUAGGAGAAGGCAAGGAUAAAGAUCUCGCGGCAACAGGAAAGACUGCUAGUACAGGCAUUCUCGACAAGGUGCAAGACCUGGCAAGGAAUGCUACAAGUACAGAAGGUGUCAAGUAUGGUGAAGCCGGGGGCCCAUUGACCGGUGGCCAGGUGGUUGCGGGCAAGAUACCUGCGAUUGAGGAUUACAGGGCUGUGAUGGCGCAGAGAGCCGUGUUCCAGGCUGUUGCUUCUAUGGGUCUACCUGCUUUUACUAUCCACAGUAUCGUCAGGUACUCUGGGCGCGCACUGAAGGAUGCGAAGAACAAGACCUUGAGGACUUGGGGACCCAUUGGGCUUGGUCUUGCAGCAGUCCCGUUCCUCCCCUUUGUCUUCGACGAGCCAGUCGAACACGCUACUGAAUGGAUCUUCUAUAAUGCGUUCAAGACGUUUGGUGGCGAGGAAGCAGUCGCGGGCAGACCGGCGGUUGGCGUGAAAGAGUUGAGGAAAGAGGAGACACAAACGAAUAAGUUGAAGAAGGAGUUGUAGAGAGUUUUUGCUAUAGAGGCAUACCAUGUCUUAAUCGACAUCUGUAGAUACACGACGCAUGUAAUCCACUCAGUAUCAAUGUACAUAUGUGACGCACCCUCGGAACUGAUUGAGUUG